CGCCAUUAAGGGGAGGCGGAGAGGGAUCGCUCUUCGCCUUUCCUCUGGUGCCUGACGUGGUGUCUCGGGCCCUUCAUUCUCGGACUUUCCCUCGGCCCUUUCAGAUCUCGCCCGGAAGGAGUGGAGACGACGGCCGGGGCGGCGCGGCCGGGGCGCAGGGGGCUGAGCCGGCCGCUUCUGUGGGGAGCGCGGCGCGACUCUCGGGCGCGAGCGGCGGGGAGGCGGCGGGAUGGCUGCGGCUGGCGGCGGCGGGGCGGCGGCAGGCAGAGCCUACUCGUUCAAGGUGGUGUUGCUGGGCGAAGGCUGCGUCGGGAAGACGUCGCUGGUGCUGCGCUACUGCGAGAACAAGUUUAACGACAAGCACAUCACCACUCUGCAGGUGCGGGCUCCGGGAGCGGGAGGUGGCGCCUCCGAGUCCCUGCUCCUGCGGGCUGUGGGGACUUGGUGGCCCGGCCCCGGGAUCUGGACGGCGGCUCUCAGGCCUGUCACCUCCGCCUUCGGAUCGCCGUUCCAAAUUCACCCUGGAGACUCGCCGGGCCGGGGCAGCCUGUCGCCGCAGGGACAGGCUGAUACAGCAGGUCAAGAGAGAUUCCAUGCAUUGGGUCCAAUUUACUACAGAGAUUCAAAUGGAGCUAUUUUAGUUUAUGAUAUAACAGAUGAAGAUUCUUUUCAGAAGGUAAAAAACUGGGUCAAAGAAUUACGGAAAAUGUUGGGAAAUGAAAUCUGUUUAUGUAUAGUUGGUAAUAAAAUAGACUUGGAAAAGGAGAGACAUGUUUCCACUCAAGAAGCAGAAUCGUAUGCAGAAUCUGUGGGAGCAAAACAUUAUCAUACUUCAGCCAAACAGAACAAAGGAAUUGAAGAACUCUUUCUUGACCUUUGUAAAAGGAUGAUAGAAACAGCACAAGUGGAUGAGAGAGCAAAAGGCAAUGGCUCUAGUCCACCCGGCACCGCAAGGCGAGGCGUACAGAUCAUUGACGACGAGCCCCAGGUGCAGAGCGGAGGUGGAGGGUGCUGUUCUUCCGGAUAACUGUUCAUGCCUGAGAAAUCAGAACUGUGGAUCAUUGCCCUCAACAUGAAGACUGCCAUAUUCCAAGUCACGUUAUUUUACCAACGGAGUUAUAGAAUUAACAGUAUUUUAAAUUACAUUUAUAACACUGCAGAGACCUUAAGUGCUAAACUUAAUGGAGUUUGUGACCAGAGAAUUGGCAUUUUCUACAAAUGUUAACAAAGCAAUUACCAAUGGCCUUUUUACAUAUUUUUUUCUUUAAUGAGGAAUAAUAUGCAUGUAGAAAAGACCUACUUAAAGGCUUCAUUUAUAUUCUUUUAAAUCAAAUCUUUAUUUAAUAACUUAUAUAUGUUGUUGGAAUGGUAUACAUUUUUGCAGCCCUUUGUAUUUUGUGGUGGUUUGAAUUGUAUCAGUCCUAAACAGCAGACUGUUUUCUUUUUGUUUUUUUUUUUUUAAAUUAGCAGAUACCUGAAGUACUAUUUUUGCAGGGUUUGCACAGGCCCCUAACUGUCUCCUCUACUACUUUGAUAUAAUCUGUAUACAUCCUGUAUGCUGAGCUGGUAAAAUAGAUUGUAAAUUACAUAUUAAAUAUUUUAUCUGCUUUUACACGCGCAAAGUGCAAAAAUAUAUACAAUAGUCUCAUUGAUGACUGUAAAGUGAAUUAACAUUUGAUGACAAUGCCUAAGCUUUUUGACUCUGAUAUAAAAAUCAUAGUUCCCUUUCACUUUUGUCUUAACGUGGCGUGUUUAAAUUUUCACACAUACUUUACUUGAAUUAUUGCUGUUGUCACAUAUUUUGCCUCUGUAAGUCCGUCUGGUGAUUGAGCAGUGGUAUUUGUCUUUUGGCUUGGGUUUUUUUUUUUUUUUUAAUUAUUUGUUUUUAUGGAAGAGAUGACUUCUGCUGGUUUUCCUUUAGGAUGGUUGGUUACAUUGGAAGAAUUUGAGUGAAGCAUACUAUGUUUCACUUCUGCAAUAGCUUUAGUUUUCUGUUAGGCUUUAUAUGAGAUGAGUUCACUAGUGUGGGGAGAAAGAGAUAUAGUGGCUGCUCACCAAGACUGAUUCAUAUAGCAUGUUAGUGAAACAGCUGCUCUGAGGCAGCCCUUUCACAUCCUUUGUGAGCAAGUUCUAUUUGUACAUUUCUUGCCUGAGAUGAGCACAGAGCAUUCUGUUUUGUUUAUAAGAACUGUCUUUCUGAGUUUCUGUGGAGAGAAACAUUAUGUGUAAUGCAGUUAUAGCAAACACUGGAAAGAUUUAUUGUGGAAUUAUAUUCUUGUAUACGUUAUUAAUUAGUCCCUCAUUAGAUUUUUUUCUUACACAUAGGACUGAACUUAAAUUUGUUAAUUUUAAUAGAAUCAGGCGCUGCUCACAGAAGGAACACAGACUGUGGAAAUUCACUUAAAUUGUUCUUGUUUAAAUAUAUAUAUUUUUCCAUUUCUGUUAUGCUUGAAAAACUAGUAAAUGUUCUGUCUAAGAU